AUGAAAUCGAAGUUACAAAAGACAUACAAAUUUGCUAUAACAUUUUUCAAUCAAGAUUGUGACUAUUUUGUCGAUGAUCAAAUUCUACAUGCGCUGAACGCCGGCUCUGUGCCAAUCGUCAUGAGUACAGACAAGAUUUAUGAGUUUUUACCAGGAAAUCUUAAAAACGCUAUCAUUAACGUAAGAGAUUUCAAAAAUCCCCGAGAACUAGCCGAGCGUCUAAAGUUUUUGAUGAGUAACGAAACGGAAUAUAAUAAGCAUUUAGAAUGGAAGCGAAAAGGUCUGGGGGAUAUAAGUGAAACAAUUAUUGGAAAAUAUUGGGAUAGAAAAUUCCAUCAUUGGUGCCAAGUUUGUCAAGCUAUUGCUCAAGGGAAAUGGCAUAAACAGGGACUUAAGAUCGAUCUUUGUCAGACAAGGCAGUUCAAUACUUGGGGCAUAAAUCCAGGCUAUAUAUAGUGUUCAUCUUGGUAAUGUUUGUACAUAGGCCUAUAUAGUCAUAGGUUUUGUUGGAUGGAGCCAAAAGCGACUGUGUAAAUUAUAUUUUCAGGUGGAAAUUUUAAAAAUCUAUACUUGUAGUUAAAUAUAUAUAAAUUAUUAUAAACUAUACAAUUAAAUCAGUACGUGCGUGUGUAAUUUUUCAGCUAGCUUUGCCGCGACAACUAGCACUCGGCCAGCCUCGUCCCGGCGCGGGAGAAACACGCGAGAAACUCACACGUGGGCGGGAGGAGAGGGAUCCUUAUGUGUGUUUUCAGAGCUGCGCGCAUUCUCGUACACAGAGCCCUUCUUACGCGUGGUGCGACGAGGGGCUCCGGCCAAAUCCAUAUUCCGAACUGGCAUCUGAUUGGCUAGUUCUAACACCGGAUAUUGUUUUCUUACCAUGUUUUUAUGGUAUCCGGUUAUGGGGAUUUGGCCAGAGCUCCUCGUCGCACCGCGCGUAAGAAGGGCUCUGGGUAUGAGAAUGAGCUGCGCGUCGUAAACCCCGCGCAGAUACUGGAGCCUAGGGACGAGUCUGGUACUCGGUCAAAAGCAAUUACAUGGGGAAUAUACGACUUUCUCGGUUCUCGUGUGAUUACACGAUUGAAAUUAUGAAACAAAAUGCAAUAAAUAUAAAAGCGCACGGGCCAUUAAUAUAUGGCUACUAGUGCAAUAUCAUUUGCAGACCACUGUGAACUAUCAGGAAUUAAACGAGAACAUGAUAACAACAGACCUCCGUUUCGCCCGCCCUAAAAUUCGCGGGUCGCAAAUUAUAUUUUCCCCAUAUUGAAUACAAUAGAAGCUCGCGCAUAUUCCCAAUAUCGUCUAGCUACUGGAUAUGUGCAUCCUAACACAUUUUGUGUUUUGUCAAAUUUUGCUGAAGUGGAUGUUUCAAGCAUGUGAUGUGAUGCUCUCGGAAACGCCAUGAAGCGCGACGCGGUGUAAGUGCGCUCUCUCUGAAAAUUAUGACAAAUCUCACACAGUUCAAGACGCUAAAUAAGUAGUUACCCAUCGUCCCUUGCGCGCUCAAUGUUUAAGGUUUAAGAUUUUUGAAGAUUUUUACGAUUCCUCUUGCAUGGAUGAAACAAGCUGUGUGGCAACCUCUUGAGGUAAAAGGGCUAUAUGUAUACAUUUUCAGCCAAUUCAAAAUAGGUUGUCCUUCAAAAAUCUUAAACCUUAAACAUUGAGCGCGCAAGGUAUAAUGGGUAACUUCCUCGGGAAAUUUGCUUUCCAAAACAAUGCUAGAACAUAUAUAAUGAACGCAUCGAUGUAGGGCUAUUGGUUCACUAUUUAGGCUCCAAGUUAGCAAUCUGACUCAUGUAAUUUGUGCGCUCAAGGUUUAAGAUUUCUGAAGGGAAUUCUGAUUUCAGAAGGGCGAGGGGAAACUAAUAACUAAUCAGUGUGACAUCGUUUUCCUGUUUUAAUUACCUCUUUAUAUUAACUCUCAUCCGCCAUUGUAAGUACUAAUUACCACUAGCUUCCCCAGUUCCCCUGGUGCAUUUAGUCACAAAAAAUAAUGUUCAUAAUGUUGGUCAAGUUGGGACGCCCGAGACGGUGCUGAAAUCUAGCUAGUUUUCAUCAUCUUCGAGGCAUCUCGAGGCAUGUAUAUAUCCUCAGUCGAAUGCAUUGGUCGAAUACCCAAUCAAUCGUUGUGAGAUACAAAUACGUAGUCAUGCGUGCGCCGUUACACGAACAAUCCAGUAGAUAUCCUCUGGAUUGUCUGUGGUUUGUCUACAAAGUCUUGAUAACAUUGGCCUUCCCAAAAACACUUCGCUACUGCAUGGGCUUGCUUUAAGACGAGAAUUUCACACAAGUUGCAAAGAAUAAUUGACAAUAUACUGUAUAUAUAAAUGACCAUUUGCAUGCAAGGUUACGAUAUUAGGACGCGCUUUAUCCCACUGUGUCAGUUACGUCAUCAUACGUACAUCCUGACAGGAUAUCCUUUGUUUUUUUGUUUGUUUUGCACAUUCAUUACGACGCGAAGGUAUAAACGGCAAUUUAACCCUGACUUCUGCUCAGAGUCAAAGAGCUCGUAGUCGCUUCAACAUCUCUCCAAACAUGCGUGUAUAUUUGUUGUUAACGCUGACCCUUACUUACACUCUUUUAUCUGGUGCUGUUGCUUCAGAGCCAGAGGUAAGUAUUUUAUUCCGUUGUUGUCGUUUUCAGUGUUGUAUAUAAAGGUUCAUGCUAUAUUAAGCAUAUUAGACCAUUUAUCUUGACAGCAGGCCUGUUUUUACAAAAAGUGUCUCGUCUUUAUGGUCUCGCCUUAUGCAUGUGCAAAAAGCUAGUAUUAAUAUUAAUACAAAUAAUAAUUUCUGAUAAACCACAUUGCACGGUUAAAAUGGAAGAACACUACCUAUAAAUCUAUACUUAAUCAAUAGUUUUAUUUUACUGUUAGAAAGUUUUGAAAUUGCAGUCGCUCAUGCAGUGUUAAUUUGUUUUUAAUGUACAAUUUGGUUCAAAAAUAAGAUUAUAUGAGUUCACUUGACUUGCCACAGAGGAUUUUUAAUUUCUUAAUGCAUUGUUCAAAAGAAUUGUGUCUUCGUGUCAUCUCCAACCCUUGUACGCGCAGCCGAAAAUAGUAACAAUUUCCGCACGUAAUACAAAUAUAGACCUACAGUGAAAAUAUACAAACUUCGCAAGGCUAUAUUUUCUGUAUUUUACAACAUUCCGCAACCAAAUUUUGCAAUUUUACUAAUUUCAUUAUGUUCUUUUUAACUGUUGUGUUUGAUUCCCUUCUCUUUUAAUACUUAGAUUAAAAUUUAGUCUAACAUGCAAGUUGUCCAUUGAAGACAUAUUUAUGCGAAAUUAAGUUACAUUACAAACUAAUUUGGUUUGUUGGAAGAAACCGGAUAGACUAUUGAAAAGUUAUAGAGUAAAGUGAUAUCUAAUUUAAUAUAUCACUGUACGCCCUCACAUUGCUUUCGUUCCUACUUUUUUACUAUAAAGUGCUGAAACUGAUAAUGAAGGACCUUUAGGUAUGCAAAUAUCUGCCUUAUUAGAUACUAUAGGUGUUUUUAUCAGCAUGAGCCGGCCACCUUUGAAUUUACUAUAUGAGUAAACUGUUAAACACGUCUGAAUUUAUCAAUAUGAUAAAUUCGCGGCACCUAACUCUAACCCCCUAACCCCAAUCCUACCACUACCCUAACCCCAACUCCAACCCUAACUCCUAACCCUAAUCUAACUUUUUAAACUUCUUUUUGCAAACAUAAAUGAGAGCCAUGCCAUCUUGGGUAACUAGCCACUAGGAUUCAGAAAUCAGAUUCUCAAAGUUCCCGAUCAUGGUGAUCGGAGGAGUAGAUAGAUAGAUAGAAAAACGUUAUUUACCCACGCUAACCCUGUCAACCGAAGCUGAUUUCCACAAGGGACGUGUAAGAGGAAAAUUACAGUCAUAAACAAUUUCUUGCCGAUUAUUGAUCGAUAACCGCGGCUAUUAUUUCAAGCCGUCCCUGGUAAGCGACCGGCUACGGAAAUCAUUCGUAUUUAUAACCGGUUAUAUUUCUUUCGUUAUUUAGUUUACUUGCGCACAAAACGUGCAAUAUUUUCGUGUGUUGCUUCGAGCAUUGGUGACGGGUGGUGUGACCACGCCUGCAACAAAGCUGCACACAAAUUCGACGGAGGCGACUGUUGUAAACACUCGUGCAAGUCAACCAUAUAUUCAUGUGGUUCUGGUGGCUACGACUGUAAGGCAAACAAGGUACCAGUCUGGUUCUUGGCCCACACCAAACUCUGUUACCAGUGGUACCCGGACGGCGAUGGAGGCCAGUGUGGUGCGGGCGAACCUAGACAUCUUUGCGCGAACGUCAACGCAGCCACUCGAUAUUACCGAGACGAUACAGACAACAGAGGUGGCGGUUGUCGCAUGAGCUGGUCCAUCCAAUCACCUUACAGCCCACAGUGGUUCAAGAACGUGCAAAUAUGCUACCGAUGGUACCCGGAUGGUAACGGCGGUCAGUGUGGCGGUGGGGCAGCGCGCCUGCUGUGUGCCCCGGUGGGUAAAUACACGCCGGUCUACCGGGACGAUACCGAUAACCGCGGCGGUGGGUGUAGAAUGUCUUGGCAGCUCAAACUACCACCUGUGCAUAAUUGGUGGGCGAGGAAUAUCCAGUUGUGCUACGAAUGGUAUCCAGAUGGUGAUGGUGGACAGUGUGGCGGUGGUGCUGCUCGCAAGCUUUGUGCCAAAGCGAACAACUGGACUCCUUACUACAGAGAUGAUACCGACAACAGAGGAGGCGGAUGUCGCAUGAGAUGGGGCCUUUAUUACAAGUGA